GAGGCUUUUUCUCUCUGUGAUCCAAAGGUGAUUGAGAUGAUUGAUAAUGUCCCAAUACUCCAAAUAGACACAGUGUGGUGUUAUUUUAUGCUCAGAGACAUCUCAUGGCUCUCAAUGGCGGGAGUACGCCUUGCAAAAGCUAGAGAAGGACUUGAACGUGCACAUGGGAAAGACUCCAGCCGUGUUAGGCUUCUUCAACAAGGUUAUCAUCCAGAGAUUCCUCUGUAUCUACGACUACAGCUCUUAGAAGGUGUGGUUGCUUAUCACAGUAACCAGUUUGAUAAAUCUCGAAAGGCGUUGACCUCUGCACAAGCUAAAUACCUCCAGCUUCAGGUGCCCGAUGAAGAUUUGUCACUUCUAAUGAGCAUGGGGUAUACAGAACGUGAAGCGAAAAGAGCAUUGAGAAUGACUAGUCAAGAUGUUCAGCGUGCUGUUGAUUUUAUUGGUGAGGAGAGGAGAAAAAAGGCACAAAGACAUGAGGAAGAUAUUCAGCGAAAGAAGGAAAUCAUGGAACAGAAGCGGUAUGGAAAGACUCCUCUAAAGAAAGCUGUGGAUAUGCAGAGAUUGAAGGAAUUGGUCUUCUUGGGAUUUAAGAAGGACUUGGCUGCAGAAGCCCUUAGAAGAAAUGAAAAUGACUUCAACAAGGCCCUGGAUGAAUUGACAAAUCCAGAAACAAAAUCUAUGAUAGAGCGCUACAUUGAGUCGAAGAAGAAUAAAAGACUCAGACAGGGAGUAGAUGCUACGAUUGAAGAACUUGUAUCUAUGGGCUUUGAAAGAUCAAGAGUGGUUGAAGCUGUGCGGGCUUUUGGCACAAAAGAGUUAGCUUUGAAUCAGCUGAUGGGAGAACCUGUGUCAGAUCCCACCGUCUCAAAUAAUGAUGGUAUAGCUUCUGCCGCUCCAUUAAAUGAUAACAUGGGCUCAUCAUCUAGCUUGAACAGUGAGGAUGCUACACCAGGCAUCGAUGAACAAGAAAGGGAUGUGGAAAUGGAAGAUACACUAGUGCAAGAAUUGACUGGAGAUGCAUUAGCAGAUUAUGAUAUUGAAGUUACAAAAGAAGGAGAAGCUAUAAGUGAAUACUUGGCUCUGUUGACUUCUAUAGGCAAGCAGUGAGAGUUCCCAUCUAUUAUUACUACCUGGAUUCUUCAAAACAUGCUAAUCAUAUUUUGUGAAUAGAAUGCUUCAAUGUCACUUCAUAUCCUGGAUGGAUGGAUGCAACUUUUAGUGUCAAAUAACAUAGUUGUUCGGAAUGUAGAGGAUGUUGUUCAAGUAAUGUAAAUAGGAUUUUAAUGGAAUGCUAUUUUCUUUUCCAAUUAUUUGUAUAAAAUCGUCACCUCUUUUGAAA